AUGGAGAGGCAGAACAGUGAGAAAAUCAGCAACAUGAGCCUCCCCAGCCAUGCACUGCGUCCGGUGGAAUUAUUCAUGGAGAUGGCAAGCAACGUAACAGAGCCCGUCACCGGAACAUUCCCAAUAUAUGACAUCACUGCUUAUGGUUUCUGCAGUUAUCAUAAGAUUCAUUUUAUUCCUGGCCUCUACAUCAUGUUCUUCCUCCUGGGGCUGCUGGGAAACUCUCUGGUCAUCUGGGUCGUUGUUUGCGGAGCACGACUCCGCAGCAUGACUGACAUGUGCUUGUUGAACCUGGCCAUUGCUGACCUCCUCCUGGUGUGCUCCCUCCCUUUCUUGGCAUAUCAAGCCAGGGACCAGUGGCUGUUUGGAGAUGCUAUGUGCAAGAUUGUCCUGGGUGUUUAUAAUGUUGUCUUUUACAGUGGAAUUUUUUUCAUCUGUUUGAUGAGCAUUGACCGCUACUUGGCAAUAGUUCACGCUGUUUAUGCUAUGAAAGCACGGACACUGUUCUUCGGAAGGAUUGCAGCUGCUGUUACAUGGACGGCUGGAUUUUUGGCCUCUUUCCCUGAACUGAUCUUCAUUAAACAGCAGGAAGAGGGGGACAGACACCACUGCCUCUCUGUUUAUCCUGAUUCUGGAGCUGGUGAGGAUGAUUCCUCUCACUUCUGGAGAAUCUUUGGCAUUUUCAAAAUGAACAUAAUGGGUCUGUUUGUCCCUCUUUGCAUCAUGGUUUACUGCUACUCACAGAUCAUCUGGAAGCUGCUGGACAGCCACUCAUCCAGAAAACAAACCAUCCGUGUAGUUAUACUAGUGAUUGUUGUUUUUUUCUGCUGCUGGGUUCCCUACAACAUUACAUCAAUGGUCAAAGGGCUGGAGCUCCUUCAGAUCUACACGGGAUGUGAGAGCAGCAAAGCUAUCACACUGGCUUUACAAGUCACAGAAGUCAUUGCCUACUCUCACAGCUGUCUGAAUCCCAUUUUAUAUGUGUUUGUUGGGGAAAAGUUCAGGAGGCAGCUGUUGAGAUUGAUAUCCAAAACUCCCUGCUUGAUUUGUCAGAUGAUCAAGGUCUACAUACCACAGGAAAGAAUCUUUGGAUCAACCUAUUCACAAAGUACAAGAAUGAAUGAGAGAAGCACUGCAGUGUGAACUGAAAAAAGAAGGGUGUGAUUGUACUUUCAGCAGAUAAUAGAAAUGAGUUGUGGUCGGUAGUAUCUCUAUUAAUUUGUCUACAUGUGAAAGCACUCCAAAAGUUUUAAGUACAUCCUGGAAAAUCUUAUAUCCUAAAAACAUAAACUAACCUCUUGAUGAAAGAGUCAACAAAAAAACUUUGACUUGUCUUACAUUUCAUUGAGACAAAUUGUCUGUUUGGAAGCAUUAUAAGAAACCUAGGAGUGCUUGCCACGUUUUCCCCAGUUUAACUAACAGCUUUUUUUAAUAGAACUCCUGUCAAAACUGUUCUUUACAGUCUGUAUUUUAAAAUUCUGUAAUCCUCAUUUCAAUCUCUUGAGAAUACAGGCUUUACAAGCCCCUUUGCUUUAAUUGCAGAAAAACAUAAGUGAAACAUUGG